AUGGUGGUAUGCAGGCAGAGGUAUGAUCGCAGCCGUCAUGUCCAAAGAAUCACUUUUAGCCGACUCCAUCAUCGCUUAGCUAACCAUCACGUCGGGGUCACCACUUGUUGCGGGGCCGAAACACCAUGUCAGAGGCCUUGCUACGGAAACUGGCUGGACAAGCUGCCGACCCACACCGCGCAGAUUUUGGCAACACUCCCUGAGGACUUGGACCUACUACGAGUGGCUGCAAUAGCCGAUAAAAUUAUAUACAACGGCCAGUCGACCAUUUCUGUCGACCAUUUGAAGCCGGUAUAUCUUGAGCAAGUCGCCAAACAACUCCGUCCGGAUCGACGGCAACCCAAAAUUCCGCAGCAACCAGCAUCAUCAUCCCCAAGACCGUCUCCACAAAGAAGGCCACUCCCUCUGACCCAUCACAUUCUUCCCAUCCCUCAACCACUCUUAGUAGAGAAAAGUCUUUGCCUGCCACUCCAUACACAUCUUUUUCCCAUCCUUCAACCCCUCUCAGUAGAGACCCCAGCCCUUUCAGACGAACUUAUACCCCUCGUCACACCCCAGUCCUUCUCCCAUUAA